AUGUCCUUUCUUGCGGAUAUGCGCCUGGCUGGUGGCAGUGCCGUGCUACAGAACCUGAUUCCCACAAUACUCCUUGUCACAACACCGAAGCGAUCGAUUCUUCGUUUCCUCGCAAUUCCGUGCAUGAUAUGGAUUGCCAGUCAAAAUGUACGACAAAUGAAUCCAUUCUGUCAAACAUACGUGUUCCUCUUGGGCCCUGUCUUUCAGUGUGUUCCUCAAGCCCUCAAUCUGCUAUUGAUCAAUCCGCUUGAUGCAGCCGACCUCACCCGCGAGAAUCCCACGCGCACAAAGACCCUGAUAGGGCGUUUUUGGUAUGCGGCGGAAUUGAUGCUCUUUCCACGGGGUCUCAGGAACCCCUCGACAACAUGGCAAUAUGCCCUCUUUGAUUUGAUCCAAUUUUCUGGCCACCAACAGGUUGCGAUAUCAUCCUCUAAUGUCAUUUUCACAUAUCCUGAGUGGAAUCUAUCUCUUGAAAAGUGGAUUGAGCGUAUUAUGACAAAUGGAAUUUCAUGGCUUGUUAUCGGGCGCAUAUGCGCAGAUUCCCGCUAUCGUUUAGCCUCGAUCAUUUUUGUUGGAUCAGGACUGUAUUCUCCUGCAGACUGGGUGCCGAUGUAUGGAAGAAUGGCAGAAUCAUACACUUUGAAGAAUCUCUGGGGAACAUUUUGGCAUCAAAUGGUCCGCCAACCACUCUCAGCAAUGAGUAAUUGGAUCACAAGGGAUAUACUACAGCUUCCCAAAGGAUCAAUUCUAGAAAGCAGCAUGAAUAUCUUCGUCGUGUUCCUUCAAUCAGGACUAUUGCAUCUGUUCAUUGAUAUCGCAGCUGGUAUCCCUGCAGAAUAUUCUGGCUCGUUGCCAUUCUUCACCAGCUUUACUGUGGGGAUUAUUAUUGAGCAAGCCGUUCAGAACCUUUAUUACUGGAUCAAGGGACCUGGUGCAAAGGAAUAUGCGAUCUGGAAACGAGUCGUGGGUUAUAUGUGGGUUCUUCUGUGGGUAGGCAUUCCAUCAACCUGGUGGAUCCACCCAAACAUGCAGAAUACUCCCCCGCACAAACUGAGUAUGGUUCCAUUUAGCUUCUCGGACCACAUUGGAUCUCAAACAGUGACGGCGUUUGCUGCUAUUAGUGGGAUGAUUGUGUUCUUUGGGCUUGGAGGUGAAGUCUGA